AUGGCGUCGGCCAAAGUUUCAACUGGCCUCGAGCAUUUUUCCCGUCUCAACCAAGCCGUAUACUUCCACCAACCUCCACCCACAGUCCCCACAGCAAACCAGGAACCAGACCUUAUCCUCCUUCUAGGAUGGAUGGGUGCAAAGCCUCGAGCUCUAGCCAAGUAUGCGGCCAUUUACGAGAAACUCUACCCAUCGUCACGGAUACUCAUCGUCACGACAGACUACCUUGAUGUCACCAUACGCACUGCAACCGCCAAUGCCAACCGCAUCAGACCCGUCCUCGAAAUCCUAUAUUCUCUGGCCGAGCAUGCGAAUGCGAAACUGCUCCUCCAUUUCUUCUCCAACGGUGGAGGUUUCACGAGUAUGUUGAUCGCACAGAGCUUUCGCGAGAAGACAGGACGGGCACUGCCUGUGAGCGCGAUGGUACUUGAUAGUUGUCCUGGAAAGGCAUCGUACGAAGGCACCCAGCGAGCCUUUGCCAUCGGUAUGCCCAAGAAUGUAUUUCUACGAGUGCUUGGGUUAUUUUUGGUUGGAAUAUUCUUGCGUUUGUUGAAAGUGUACUGUACGGUGCUAGGAAAGAUGAAUAUGAUAGAAAGGUUGAGAAAGGUGCUUAACGACAAAGCUCUCUUUGAUACUGCUGCGCCAAGGACGUAUAUAUACAGUGAGGGAGAUGAUAUGGUUGACUGGAGGGACGUGGAUGAACACGCGGAAGAGGCUACGAAGAAGGGAUAUACUGUUGAGUUGGAGAAAUAUCAUGAUAGUGGCCAUGCUGCUCAUAUGGUCAAAGACGGGGAAAGAUACUGGACUAUCAUCCAGAGACUCUGGAAUACGGUUCUUUAG